AUGAAAGAAUAUAAUUCAAGUAAAAUGUCACAAACAAGCUGCAAUCUAAACGUGAUGGAAGAAUUAACUCAAACUGUACAAAGUUUUUGGCAGGUAGAGGGAUAUAAGCCUAAAGACCUCACUCCAGAGGAGGAAUAUUGUGAAAACUUAUUUAAUGAAAAUUAUAGACGUCAAGAAGGGGGUAGAUUCAUUGUUAAGCUCCCAAUUAAGGAAGAAAUCCUACCGUCAUUAACUAAUUCGCGAGAGAUAGACUUUAAACGAUUUAUAGCUAUAGAAAGAAAAUUUGCUAAAUUACCGGAAUUCAAAAAAGAGUACGUAACUUUUAUGAGAGAAUACUAUCAGUUAGGUCAUAUGAAACUUGCACAAUCGAUUCAAGACGAUAAGAUUAGAGUUUUUCUUUCACAUCACGCAGUGAUAAAGCAAAGCAGCACUACGACUAAAACUAGGGUAGUUUUUGAUGCGUCGAGUCCAUAUUCACAGGGUAAUUCGUUAAACGAUGCCUUACACAAGGGUCCCGUAAUACAAGCAGAUUUAUUUUCCCUGAUUAUACAAUUCCGAUGCUAUAGAUACGUGUUGUGUGCAGAUAUAAAAAAAAUGUACCGCCAAAUACUAAUAAAUGAAAAACAAACGGCCUUGCAAACUAUUCUCUGGCGGGAGGAUCCGAAAGACGAAAUACAAGAGUACGAAUUACUCACGGUGACAUAUGGCACGAAGCCUGCGUCAUUCUUAGCAGUUAGAUGCUUGCAUAAGUUAGCGGAAAUUGAGAGAGUGAAUUAUCCUACCGCGGCGGAAGUAGUCCUUAACAAUUUUUAUAUGGAUGACCUGUUAGCAGGAGGUUAUACAAAGGCAGAAGUCUUGAAGUUAAAACAAGAAUUGACAGAAUUGUUGGCAAAAGGUGGCUAUAGCUUACAUAAAUGGAAAACUAAUUUAGUUAGUGAAAAUGAAAAUACAAGAAACGAAAACGUAGAUAUUACAAAGGAAGUAGAGUCAAGAUUAUUGGAUGUAUUGUGGAAUCCUCUUAAAGACACAUUUCAAUAUGAAAUAUUACAAACAAAGGACGAUCAACGUGUAACAAAGAGAGCAGUGUUAUCGCAAAUAUGUAAACUCUUUGAUCCAUUAGGGUUAGUAGGACCCGUAAUAACGUCAGCAAAGAUAAUAAUGCAAGGUUUAUGGAGUCUAGGCAUCGAAUGGGACGAGUCCGUUCCCAUGCACAUUUAUAAAAGUUGGGAACAGAUCAAAACACAGUUAGGAUUACUUAAUAAAUUACAAAUACCUAGGCUUAUAGUUUCCGGGAAUAACGAGUCUCAAUUGCAAUUACAUGGAUUUUGCGACUUAAGCGAAAAGGCGUACGGUGCAUGCGUGUAUAUAAGAGAAAAAAAUAUGCAGGGAAAUAGUUCAGUCACACUUAUAUGUUCAAAAUCACGGGUUGCACCGAUGAAAACGCUAUCUUUACCACGGCUGUAA